GUGCGCCUGCGGGCGGCGUGCGAUCCAGAGUGCUCCAACGGAGAGGGCGCGAUGGCCCCAGUCAUGCAGCCCGCCGAGAUCCAGUUCGCGCAGCGGCUGGCGUCCAGCGAGAAGGGCGUCCGCGACCGGGCGGUGAGGAAACUGCGCCAGUACUUGAGCGUGAAGACGCAAAGGGAGACAGGAGGUUUCAGUCAAGAAGAAUUUCUAAAAAUAUGGAAAGGACUCUUCUACUGCAUGUGGGUGCAAGAUGAACCCUGCCUACAGGAGGAGCUGGCAAACAUGAUUUCUCAACUCAUCCACAUUGUUAACAACUCAGAAGCUCAGCACCUGUUCGUUCAGACCUUUUGGCAGACGAUGAAUCGAGAAUGGAAGGAGAUAGACAAGCCAUGCCUGGACAGAUACUAUAUGCUGAUCCGCCUGGUCCUGAGGCAGUCCUUUGAAGUUCUGAAGCAGAGCAACUGGCAAGAAAGCCAAAUCCAGCUUUUCCUAGAUGUCCUGGUGAAAGGGCUCCUGUGUCCUGAGAGUCAGUCCCCUGAUGAUGUGAGGUUCCACUUCAUUGACAUUUACCUGGACGAACUGUCCAGGGUCGGAGGGCGAGAGCUGUUGGCUGAUCAGAACCUCAAGUUCAUUGACCCAUUCUGCAGGACUGCGGCCAAGACUAAGGACCACAUCUUGUUGCAGAGGAUAGCUAGUGGUGUCUUUGAAGUCAUCAUAAAUCAGUCUUCCUUAGUACCUGAAGAGACAGUAGAGGAAGAGAAAAUAAAUGGGGUUGAUGGUGACCUUUGUGGAGAAGAGAUUGCUGGAAAUGAGACACCAUGCAAAAAAGCAGUGAGGAACAAGGCAGCACUGGGCAAGUGCCACUCAAGGAGAGAUGGAAUCAGUGGUGACAGAGAAAGAGAUGACUGUGGAGCUCUCAAGGACAUGGGGCGGCUUCUUCAGUUUGACUAUAAAGCCAUUGCUGACCGACUCCUAGAAGUAACCAGCAGGAAAAACAUCUCUCCCAUCAACCGGAAACACCUUUGCAAGCUAAUCAAGAGGUUCCAGGACCUCUCUGAAGCUUCUUCCUCUCGAGUGGAGGAUGGAAAGGAUGCAAUUCAUGCACAGAACUCAGGGAAGACCCAGAUCCCAGCCAUAGGCAGAGUUGAGAGUGUUGCUCUGGUCCUCUCAGAUGGUGCAUCUGCACUUGGUUUCCCUGAAGAGUUUUCUGGAGAUGAAAAUGACCGUGCCCUCAGCCAAGGAAGAAAGAAGAAAAAGAGAAGUAAAUCUAUCAAGCCAGCCGAGCUGGAAAUGGAGGGGGGAAACAAAGCCAGUCUUGCUGAGGAUAAGGACAGUGAAGACAGCCUUCAGAGGAGAAAGAGGAAAAAGAGGAAGAAGAAUCAUGUCCAGCCCGAGAUCUGCAACUCCAGCAACGUAUUCACCUCCCUACAACAGAGCAAGAAUGGUGAGGCCUGGGCUGCAGAGGCUGCCCCCAGCCCUGGAGACAGGGGCAGCUUGGAGCGGCCCUGUACUGCUGCUGGGCACAGCAAAAGGAAACGGCAGAGGAAGAGGAGCCUGAGGGCACAGGGGGAAAUGUGGGAACCCACAGUGUUGCUCUCUGAGGACAGUGGGAUUCCUCCAGUCCCUGCCACCCAAGCUUCCCCAGCCAAGGGAGCCCAUGCUGCCAAAAGAAAGCGAAAACUCGGGGCUGUCCCCAUCAAUGGCAGUGGACUGGCCACACUGGCUUGGCCUCAAGCACAAAAGGAAGGAAACGAUGGCCAGGCCACCCUACCCCAGUGCAGGGGGCCUCAGCACAAGACGGCGGAGUCAGGAAACCACGACCUCUGUCCUGUGUCCAACCAGAAAAUGGCAGUCUCGAAGAAGAGGAAGAAAAUGAAGGAGGUGUCGAACUUGGUGGAGCGCAAUGGUGUCCUGAGGUCCCGGGUCAGGCAGUUCCAGGCUAUGGGAAGCAGCGGAACUCUCACUUCUUUGAAGAAACCGCUGAGGACUGAGAAUGACUUUGUGAAGUUCAGCACCCCCAUCUUACCAAAACCCCUGUUCUUUAGAAAAUCAAAGAGCAUCUCUGCUGCCUGCUCUCCAGGUGCUGUCAUCCAGCCAAACAAAACCCCACCCAGCUCCAAGAAAGUCACCUUUGGGCUGAACAGGAACAUGACAGCAGAGUUUAAGAAGACAGACAAGAGUAUCCUGGUCAGCCCCACAGGCCCCUCCCGCGUGGCCUUCAACCCUGAGCAGAGACCCCUCCAUGGAGUGCUGAAGACGCCUGCCAGCUCACCUGCCAGUGCAACGCUGGGGGCCAGGACACCACUGGUCACCACUCCAAUGAGAAGGCCGAAAGCCAUGGACUUCUUCUGAACACACAGAGCCUCCUUUUACAGACUGCUUUUGUACAGAGUAUUCUAUAAAUUAUAACUUUCAAAACAUGGCGUUUUAUUUUAUAAGCCCCCCAUGGAUGAAGUGCUCGAGGUGCUAAGCAGGGGUGGCCCAGCCACCAUGUCCUGUGCCUCCUGCAGGUCAGGGCCUCUGCUGUUCCUGUGCUGCACAUACUCGGGCUUCUGCGACUGUCACCUUGGGCACCUCAGCCAUAGCCACUAGGGAGAAAAAGAGGCCAUGCAUAAGGCCUGGGACAUGAGGGCUUGAGAGGGCUGGUGUGCCAGAGAUCUUGAGGGCUCUUGAGAGCAUACGGGCCUGGUUCCCUGGCCUGGGGCUCUCUGGGAAGCUAUCUGAUGGGACGCAGCACUGAGCAGCAGCUCCGUAGCUUUUCUGCCUGUCAUUGGUGGGCAGCUCUAUCCUCAAGGCUUUUCCUCACUUGCCAGUCUCUGUCCUCCAACCUCAGCAGAGUCCAUGGUGUUUUCUGAGGGUAACAUCUCCCUCUCUCCCCUGGGGCCUCCUGCCCUUGUCCUCUGCGGAGGCCUGCGUGACUGGUACCUCACAUGUACUUACCUCUCAGACCCAUGUGACUUGGUUCCCGGUGUGGUCAGCACAUCUGAUCCCAAGCUUCUGCUAGGCAGGAAUGGGUGCCUCUUAUCCAAGCAUAGCACUUGCACUUAGCACUUAGGUUUUCAUACUGCUCUUUUCAUCUGCCUGGUCAGGGUGGAAGGUGCCCAGGCUUUGGGUAGGGAAACUGAAAUUUGACUUUAAUUGCCUAUCUUUGCAAAAGUCACUGAUUUUAUUCAAAGAAAUAAUGUUGAGCUCAGGAGAUGGACAAGGAAUGGAUUCAGGACCAAGAGACCACAUGGGCAUAGUCACUGAGACCCACCUCUUCCAUGGUUUUUCUUUGAGACCAGAGCCUUGCAGUGUAAUUCACGCUGGCCUAGAACUCCCAGCAAUUGUGUCUUAGCUUCCCAGUUCUGGGAUGACAGGUGUGUACCCCACACCCAGCUUUUCCUCCAUGGCUUACACAC